AUGAGUUCAUUCCCAAGGCGGUUCUCCCUUAAAUCUAUUUCCAACAAUUUAUAUCUUCGUUACGUUCAUGGAAGAAAUGAAUUAAAUGGAUUUCUCCAAUUCUCUGCAAAAGAAGCUGCGAGUCCAUACACAAUGUUUGAGAUUGAAGAAUCCAGCUUUGGGCAUGGAUAUGUCCACAUUAGAUGUUGUUACAACAACAAAUAUUGGGCUCUUCAAUCUCCAUCUUCCUCCUACAUUGUUGCCACUGCCAAUGAAAAAGAUGAAACUCUAUCAGAACAUUCUUGCACCUUAUUCAAGCCGAAUUACAAGGACAACGACAAUAAACACGAUACAUUCCGCUUUCGACACGUCUUUCUCAACUCCUGUGUAUUUUUCCAACCAGCCCGAGAAUCGGCCUACCAUGAUUGCUUAAUGUUAAGUGGUCACGCUCUACCAAACGAACUCUCGACCGUCAUCAAUUGGGAUACAUAUCUUUUCCUACCUAGACAUGUUGCCUUCAAAAGCUUAAAAAACAAUAAAUACCUUCAACCAAAGAGCUUUCUCAUCGAAAAGACGUAUCAAUUGGCAUUAAACGGCUCAAAUACGGCAGAUCCAAAAAUGCUCCACGAGGUGAUAAAGACACCCGACGGUCACUUUGGUUUGAAGAAUCUUGCUCACAGGAAGUUUUUUACUCGAGUUACCGACGGCACUUGGAUUGUAUUGGACAAUGAUUCGUCAACGGCAAAGGACGAUCCAGGAAGAUUGUUUUGGCCUAUCAAACUUGAUCACAAUGUGGUGGCCCUUCGUAGUGCUAAAGAUUAUCGCAUUUGCGCGUACAUGUCAUCAGCGUUAACUGGACAUCAAGAUGGUUUUGAAGCUGAUCUCGAGAACAUUGAAGAUUCAGCAAAGUUAGAAGUAAUGGAUUUUGUGCUUUCACGUCACAUUUAUAAUGUCGGAUUCCAUCUUUCCGAUGCUAGGAGAUAUAAUGAGAAGCCCCUUUUGAUGACAAGCACUAUUGUUGAGAACAACAAUUCUCAAGAUAAAAAAUUCACCAUCAAACUCUCUUAUCAGGAUACUACCACCUCGACGUGGAGGGUCAACGUGAACCCUAUGUUAGGCAUCAAGAUGAAGUUCGAAACCGCUGUUCCAAAAGUUUCUGAAGAAGAGAUUGAAUUUUGUUCUCAGUUAUCUGAGGACUACUACACUUGGGGAGAAACACAUCAAAUGAAAUAUCAUGCUGAGUUUGUGCAUGAGGUUACUGUGCCUGCUGGGACUAAAGUUAAGGCUAGUGUAGUGGCAACACAAGCGAGUUGUGACAUUCCUUUCUCGUACAUUCAACGCGACAAACUCAACGAUGGAGGGUAUAGUACUCAGCGUUACCAUGACGGUCUUUAUAACGUCGUAAAUUCCUACAAUUUUCACUUUGUCGUUGAAAAGGUUUGA